AUGCCUGAUGAUUCGAUAGUCCAAAGGGACCGGCGCCGCGUCAGUACGCACAUCCAGCGGAUGGAGCGAGAGGGCGUGGAGCGAGUGAAGAUGUUCGUCGUCAUUGUGAUCGCGUACCUGGUGUUCUGGGGGCCGCUGUUCCUGGUCACACUGGCACGGCCCGGAGGCUUCUCCCUGCUGCCGUCAGGGCGGCGCGCCGGUCUGCCCCACGAGGUGACCCUGCAUAUCGCCUUCGUGCACUCGUUCGUCAACCCGGCGCUGUUUCUUAUCCUGCACCGCGGCCUGCGGCGGGCGGCGCUCGACGUGCUCUGCUGCAACUACGGCGGCGUGGGCGGCGCUCACCACGGCGGGCCACCCCCCGGCGACGACCGGCGGUCCAGCCUGCGGCCGCGGCGCUCCGAGUCGGCCUGUAGCCGCAGGGACAGCGUCGAGGAGGAGACGUUCCACUCGUACCCGUCGCUGCACCGCUCCUACCUGCCGGACUCGGCCGGUGCCGGCAGCAGUCGCGGCUGUCACGACCAGCUAUCGGUCCACUCGGGCGCCGGAUUCAACAUCUGAGAGGGGCCGCGGCAGCCGGCGCCGCCCCCGCCGUUCACCAUGCACGUGUGAGUGGGUCGCUGCCGCCCCCGGCCGGCUGUGAGAGGGUCGGCUGCCGCUCCCGGCCGGCUGUGAGAGGGUCGGCUGCCGCUCCCGGUCGGCUGUGAGAGGCACCGGCUGCCGCCCCCGGCCGGCUGUGAGAGGGUCGGCUGCCGCUCCCGGCCGGCUGUGAGAGGCGCCGGCUGCCGCCCCCGGCCGGCUGUGAGAGGGUCGGCUGCCGCUCCCGGUCGGCUGUGAGAGGCGCCGGCUGCCGCCCCCGGCCGGCUGUGAGAGGGUCGGCUGCCGGCCCCGGUCGGCUGACGCUCCUGGUCGGCUGUGAGUGGUGCCGGCUGCCGCCCCGGCCGGCCGCGGCGGUGCGGCGCGGGCGCUCAGUGCCGCUCACAGCCCGUCGCCGCGCCGGACAGUGACCCGCUAGGGUUGACCCACGCCCCACUGCCCCAUCCCCACCCCACCCCCACCCAGUCCACCUCCGACGGCCGUCAGGGCAGCGAUCUGUGGUCUGGUAAAGGGUUCAUGACCCUGACCCGUCUCAUACCCAAUCAGUUUUGUAACAUGUUCGAAGGCUGAGCCCACGAAGGUGCUAUCGAUGCGCGGCGGCCGGAUGAGUGGCAAUGUGCAAUGGACGGCCGGAUUCAGAGGCUAUUUUAAUGUGAGUGAGUGAUGAGUAUAUGACAGUGCGUAUCCAUCACCAUAUGAACAGAUGGCCGUGUACUGCCACGGGAGUAUUUAGCUCUUUACGUGUAUGAAAGAUGAACAAUCUGUGUCGGCCCCCUAUGGUGCCCAAUGCGAUACUGCUGGCACUGAUUACGACGUAAUAAUUAUGUCAAUGCCCGUACUUUCCUUCGACAAUCACUGUUGAAUUGCUGUAUAUAGCGUGCUAGAGCAGAUAGUUUCUUCUGGUAUGUGUUUUGCUUCUAUGUAGCUGGUAAUAGGAUGCGUACCUAAUUUAUCAAGUAUAUCAACAUCGAUUGAAACCUUUCAGUGCAACCCAAAUAGAUAACCGUUAGAACUUUGCUAUUUGCAGACAAUGCAAUGUAUCAUGGAAGCUCAGAAUGUAUCCGAGACGCUUUGGAUACGUUCAACUCGUACUAAAGGGAAUGGUGCUCUGCCAAGGAUAUGACCCAUGUAGGCAAUGGUGUGGACGUGACCUCACGCUGGUAGUUAUGUAUGACGUCAUCGCGUCACUACCCUGUGAUGGUUGAUUGGGUGAUAGAUUCUCGUGUCAAACAAUCUCAGUGGUACCCCGCGCGACGGUUUCAGCGUUGCGACGGUGUUUGACGGUGUUACUCAUAAUUCUAGAGUUUAUGAUGUCCGGCAUGUUGGAUAUGUUCGAUGUCGCGCUUCGCCCGUUAUUGCGUGUGGCCGUGGGUCGGGUGACUGGAGGCUGCCCCUCUCUCCCAAUAGCUGUCUACCGCCCUAAUGACGUCACCCGAUCGUCACCGGUGACGUCAUAUGUGUGUUGCGAUGCGGUGGUUCACUCUGACAAAUGCUCAAUCCCUGGGUGGGCGCGCCGGUUUGUGGCGUCGUUUUUCCACGACGGGCCGUGUCUGCAGGUGUCGGUACCGGCGUCAGACGACGAAGCGUCGCUCGUGCCGGGAGACUGGGUCCGUUGCCCGCCGACUGUCCCCCCAAUAAACGGCCCAUGUACACG